UGCGCACGUAAUGCUAGAUCGUGGAAGUAAAACAACACGAAGUAUACUACACUUACAGUGUACUGUAAUUCCACUCAAUUUAUGCGAAAUGCUGUAAUGUUAAGUGUUCCUCAUUAACCCAAAUAUUCAUCAAGUUUAGGAAGUUAUCUCAAUAAUAAAAGUCGUAAACACUACUAAACAGCAUGGCAGAAGAAGUUGCAGAAACUACGGGGAUUGACCCAAGCGACAGUCCCAGAUCUCCCGGGGAGAAAGAGCCACAGGACGGCGUGGACUACGCGGAGGGCGAUGAGGGCGAGGAGGCCGCCGGCGGGGCGGACGACUGGCAGGAUAUACCAGAGGGAUCCAAAUUUGAGUUUCUUGACCACACCGCAGAUGUACAGUUGCAUUCAUGGGGCGACACGUUAAAAGAGUCGUUUGAGUAUGUUGCAUUGGCAAUGUUCGCUUACAUGACAGAAAUCAGCAAAGUAGACAAAUUGACAACAGUUACAAUAGAAGCAGAAGGAGAUGACAUGCUUUCGUUACUCUAUCAUUUCUUGGAUGAGUUCCUGUUUGUAUUUUCAGCUGACCCAUUUUUUAUUCCUAGAGAAGUAACAAUUGAUGAACUAGAUUUAGAGAACUUUAAGAUAAAAGCCACAGGGCACGGAGAAACAUUUGAUUUGACGAAGCAUCCUCAGGGCACAGAAGUGAAAGCAAUCACCUACUCCAAUAUGCAAGUCCAUUCAGAGAAAGACACUCACGACAUCUACGUAAUCAUUGAUAUCUGAAGAGAGUAACGACAUUAGUAAUAAUAAUAAUAGUUGCUUCUUAUACAGCGCGCAUGUCCAUCACUCAGUGACGCUCCUGGCGCUGUAGUUGCUUCUUUUACAGCACCAAUAUCCGUCACUCAGUGACGCUCCUGGCGCUGUAGUUGCUUCUUUUACAGCACGCAUAUCCGUCACUCAGUGACGCUCCUGGCGCUGUAGUUGCUUCUUUUACAGCACCAAUAUCCAUCACUCAGUGACGCUCAUGGCGCUGUAGUUGCUUCUUUUACAGCACGCAUAUCCGUCACUCAGUGACACUCCUGGCGCUGUAGUUGCUUCUUUUACAGCACGCAUAUCCGUCACUCAGUGACGCUCCUGGCGCUGUAGUUGCUUCUUUUACAGCACGCAUAUCCGUCACUCAGUGA